UACAUCUUAUUACGAUUUCCUCGCGCGAAUAACAACGAAGCAACAGCUGGCGACUGAACUGUUGCUUUUUCGGAAUUGUUGUACACUGUGAUCGAGACGGAUGACCUGUUUUAAUUACGAUAAUGAGUGUUUGUCCAGGUUUUAGACAUUUUGAUGCUCAUCAACCUCUGAAUGACAAGUUCGUAAAUUAAGUCUGUCACACUUAAUUUGGCCUCUCGCGAGCUCGACGAAUUUUACUCCUGUUUGUUAGUGCUAGAUAACUAACGCGUGCUAGCUAGCCAGCUAGCUAAGCUAUUUAUUUGCUGGCUAAAGGAAUAAGCUAAUGUUGGAGGUCUUAUAAGGUUUAUCAUGUCAAAAGGAGAUGGAGAAGACUGCUGUCAUGGCCUAUGAGGUGAGUUUCAGGAGGCUGAAGAAAUUCGUCUUGUCACCAAAAGCACUUACAAAAUCACCGCCUGGUACGGCAACUGCUCCGCCCACAACCGUAAAGCUUUCCAGAGGGUAGUGAGGUCUGCACAACACAUCACCGGGGCAAACUACCUGCCCUCCAGGACACCUACACCACCCGAUGUCACAGGAAGGCCAUAAAGAUCAUCAAGGACAACAACCACCCGAGCCACUGCCUGUUCACCCCGCUAUUAUCCAGAAGGCGAGGCCAUCAUGGAGCUCCAGUCAGAGAAGCACUUGAAGACCAUUGAUGAGGAGGCGGCGUUACAGCUGGACCACAAUGACAAGUCUCUGUUCGUCUUCAGUAACUUCUCCACCCCAGCCUUCCACCACUGUAAAAAGCGGUGUGUGAUGUCACUGACCAGCAGAUGGGUCAGAGGGUGAUGACCCCGCUAGUGGAGGAGCCAGAGCCCGACCUCCUCACCCCUGCCUUCCCUCUCGCCAACUCUCCCGUGCCCCCAGGGCCACAGACUGAGGAGAGUGUGGCGGAGAAGAAGCCUCCUCGAUUCCAGCUGUCCUCCCUUAUCCCCCAGGAGAGGAUAGGCUGCACCGCCCUCAUAGACGAGCUGGGUGGUGUGGUGCUGGACAAGCAGUGCUUUGACCCCAGCUGCUCCCACAUCAUUGUGGGGACCCCUCUGAGGAAUGAGAAGUACCUGGCAGCCAUGGCCGUGGGGAAGUGGAUCCUGCACCGCUCCUACCUGGAGGCCUGUCGCUCCGUGGGACACUUCAUCCAGGAGGAUGAGUAUGAUUGGGGCAGAAGCUCCAUCCUGGAUGUGCUACCGUCCAUCAGCUCCCAGCAGAAGAGGCUGGCGUUGGCCACCAUGCGCUGGAGGAGGAACCUGCAGGACCGCAAUGACCUGGAGGGAUCAUUCAGCGGUUGGACCAUCAUGCUGAACAUCGACCAGACCAGAGUCAGGGUUCAGACGACUCCUGCAGUCUGGUGGAGCAAAGGUUCUCCCCAGUCCCUCUCCAUCUCUGUACAAGGGAACCACCCACCUGUUUGCAGAGUUCAGUCGGUUGAAGCCAGGAGACUUCCGGGUGGACGUGCCAGAGGCCAAAUGCCUAAAGCCAGAGUUUAUUGCAGACUACCUCAUCCAGAGAACCAUGAGCACUGUGGAGGAGGACUCGGACCACAUGAUACCAUGAAGAGAAGCCUGCAGGUCCUGCGCCGCCAGCUGCUGAGUGUUCUAGCGAUCCUAUCUGUGCCAGUGGGAGUGGUGUCCUCUACCCAGGAGCUGUACCCCAGCCGGACCCCCAAGGACCCUGUCUCCAUGUCAGCGCCCCACAGCAGCCCCCCUAACCCGCUCCUGCCUCUCCCAGACUGGCAGCAGGAAGACUCCAGCAGCGGGGACCCUUGGUCCCCCCAGGGAGGGGCACUGCCCACAGGCAUCAUCAAGCCCACCACAGCCCCCAGCUCCUGGGGCUGGCAUCUAACCCACCACACCAGCCUGGCACACACUGUGACACCACCCAGUAAAGACAGCCUCAUUCAUGCUGCAGCUACUUUCAGUCCUAACACUGUGAACUCUGUGAGAGUAAACCAAGACCCUGGCCCUAGCUCUGUCAGCCCCAGUCCAGUCAAACAGGCCCAUUCCCCCAGCUCUGGUGCUCUCAACCCAGGCCACAGCUCCAAUUCUCUCAGUGCAGACCAGGGCCUCUUGCCCAACUCAGUCAAUCAAGCCCAUAGCCCAGAUACUGUUAAUGUUAACCAGGGCAACAGCCCUCCUAGCCCUCCCAGCUCUGCUGGCCCACAGAGUGAGGUAGCUCCAGCUGCAGUGGAGGGGACUCCAGACUCUGGGUCUGCCCUGGCUCCUUCUUUGCCCAGCCCGCUCACAGAUAGAGAGCAUACUCUGGGCCUGGAGCUUGGUGGUCCACCGGCCCCCACACACACCCAGGAGCCUAUGGGGGGGAACGUCAAGGAGCCCACAGACACCAGUCAGCAGGACUUCACCACUGAGCUGCAGCCUUCCUCUCACUCCUCCUCUUCCUCAGAGGAUGCUGCUCUAGAUCAGACCCUUUGGGAGCAUGUUGAAGCCACUCCUGAGCUUUCCCGACCCCACGCCAUCACCCUACGGGAGGUGCACCCCCUGGUCAACGAGGACCCCACCCUGGAGCUAAAAACAGAUGGCAAUGUCACUUUUCAUAGCGGCAGUGUGGAGGGCAUCCCUGGCAAGGACCCUUCCUCCCAGUGGAACAGCUCAUCCGCUACGGAGCCCCCCUCCACGGCCAGUGGGAACUUUCUGAACCGACUGGUCCCCGCCACCACUGCAGACCCCUGGGGUCCUGGUAAUGGCUCCAGCCCAGCUCUGGACUCACCGCUGUCCAGCGCCACCAUCUGCCUGAGCAAGAUGGACAUUGUGUGGAUCGUGUUGGCCAUCAGUGUGCCUGUGUCCUCAUGCUCUGUCCUGCUGACCGUGUGCUGUAUGAGGAGGAAGAAGAAGUCUUCAAAUCAGGAGAACAACCUGAGCUACUGGAACAAUGCCAUCACCAUGGACUACUUCAACAGGCACGCGGUGGAGCUGCCCCGGGAAAUCACAUCCCUUGACAAUGCUGAGGAGACGUGUCUACCCCCUAACGGGGACUACAGAAACAGCGGGGUGGUGCUGGUUAACCCUUUCUGCCAGGAGACCUUGUUCAUCAACAGAGAGAAGUCCUGCGACAUCUAGAGAGGAGGGACGCUGGUCUUGUGGCCAUGUCCUGAAACCACCAAUACAAGACUGUCAAAAAUAAAAGUCUGACUUUCAAAAUUAAAGUCCCCCGCCACUGCUUUCUCCCUAUUCUCCCACCACUGUCAUGUUUAUACAAGUGGUAAAUCUUCAGAGACUUUAUACUGUACAUUAUGAAUAUAUAGACCAAGAUUAAAAGAAGAGCUAAUAACAGACACUAUUUACGAUGAGGGUGCGCCCGCAUAUUUUUCUGAUGUGCAUUUUCUACAAAUGCUUAAUUGUGAUAAGCGUUUUUAUGUCUUUAUAAACCACUGAGUAUGUGUGAUUUCCAUUUUGUUACAGUGGCUUGAUGGUGAGAACAUUGUGGACGUGGUCACUUGAAUUCUGCUUUAGAGAGAAGAUAUUCUGUAAGAACGUUAUGUUUCAUUUUCUUUUUAAUCAAACCCCAAAUAAUUACUGAAAAUCCUGUUGAACUUGAAUUCUGUACCUACGAGAUUUAGGGCAAUGUUUGUGAGUCCAGGGUUUAGUAGAGGCAAUGGAGGUAUUAUAAUUUGAACUGCCUCUAGCAUGGGGACUGUCUGUGUGUCUCUCUCUUUGCCUAUCUCUCUCUCGCUCUCUGCCUCUUUGCCUCUCUCUUUCUCUCUGCCUCUUUGCCUCUCUCUCUCUCUCUCUCUCUCUCUCUCUCUCUCUAUUUGUGUUAUGGAGUAGAUUCUGGUUUUGGCAGAUUUAGUAAAGGUUAGACGUUAAACAAACCUCAUUGUUUGUUUAACGUCUAACCUUUACUAAAUAUUUUGAGACCAAACUUAUUGUAACCUCCCUCCAUAAGUACAGUACUUGUCCAGGAGCUUAAACUAUGUUUAUUAUUGUAAUGUAUAGAUUGAAUGAUAUUUUAUUUCAUUUCUGGUUGUAGAAAUGAAAAAGUUCAUAGAAAUCAUGACCAAUGAAAAUACUGAGAUAUUUUAUCCUGAAUAUUUACUGUGAGCACAUAGUGGCAGUUUAAUCAAACAUACGUAUUUUGUUUCAUUAUCAAAUCAAUUUCAGUUUGUCAUGCUUUACUUUUGCUUUGUCACAUAUUUAUAUUUACUAAAUACUGCGUCCGUUUGUCACAUUGUGAAACGCUGAUCUGUUAAAUCAUACUUCCCUGUGUUUGAAGAUUUUAUUGAAUAUGUUGUCAAACUACUAAAUGUAUGUCGCUGCAAUGGGCAUGUGGUGCCAUACCAGAGAAAGGGUAUUUUGCUACAUGUAGAAUGGAGAGGAGGGGCAGUAUCAUGUCUUUUUUUGUGUCGUAGCAUACACUGUACUUUUUACAGCUGAGCAAUAAAAGAGAAAAGCUUUUAACA